UAUCUAUCAAAUGCUCACUCAAAAAUUCAACCUCGUCGAAGCGGAAGAAGCAGGAGGAGGAAGAGAGGAGAUCUAUUGAACUAUUGACAGACAAAAAUAAAAAUGUCGUGGAUAUGGUUAGAAGCAGCGCUACCACUCGGAAUCAUAGCAGGAAUGCUCUGUGUGAUGGGUAAUGCUCAGUAUUACAUCCACAAAGCCGCUCAUGGCCGGCCGAAGCACAUCGGUAACGAUAUGUGGGAUGUGGCCAUGGAGAGAAGGGAUAAGAAGCUCAUGGAAAAUCUAUCUGUCCCUUCUCCCAAUUAGGGUUUUCUCUCUGACCUUGUGCAGGAAGCGUUCUUGACAACUCCUGGAGGAGGAAUAAAGUGCUCAUUUGAUAAUGCGGUGUGCUACAGACGUCUGAUGAGCAACAUUACUUUGAUCUUCAUUAUAUUCUGUUUUGUAUGUGAAUUUUCAUGAACUUUUGAAUUUUGAAGACAAAUUGUAGACUUUUACUCUGAUGAAUUUAACCAUAUUUGUGAA